CGCCAGGUGGCUGGCUAGAGGGUGACCGCGCGGCCAGGAGGUGGGCUGCGUUGGGUCCAGCGCCGCGCCGGAGCCCAGAGCCCGCCCCGCCCGAGGGACUCCACCCAGGGGUCGGAGGAGGUCGUCAGUCCUGGCUUGUCUUCCAGACCCGGACGACCGAGGCUCCUGAACGACGAGGAACCGCCCAACAUGGCAUCGGAGGAUACACUUGGUACCUGCUUCAGAGAGUUUCCGUCCGCGCAUGCCAAGCAAUUAAAGUUAUGCCUGGAACACAGUGAGAAUGCACUACAUGUUAGCCAGGAUUCUUAUCGUUAGCGCUGGAAUAUCAGCUGGAUUCAGACUCUGGACUCCAGAGUGACUUCUCCCCUUGGUCAGUGACAAAAGGUCCCAGAAACUCUGCUGUGGUCUCAGGGUGUCUUGUACCCUGCCAUCAUUUCCUUAGCGAAGUGUCACAUGGUAGGAAAGAACCCUAAGUUCAGUGUCCAGCCACAUUCACACACUGACUCCCUGAGUGACUUCAGGCAAGUUCCCGAUCCUCUCUGAGCCUCAGUUUCCUUGUAUGUCCAGCGAGAAUAACCCUGCCUGCUGGUUCCCACUGCCAUCAGACUUCAUAACUCUCCUGCAGGCCCUUUGUGAGAGUCACUGUCCUCAAGGGUGGGGAGGACACUAACUGCUCCUGCUCUCCUGGCCAGAGCGGGAAGCUAUGGGGUGGCCGGUUUGUGGGAGCAGUGGACCCCAUCAUGGAGAAGUUCAACUCAUCUAUUGCCUAUGACCGGCACCUGUGGGAGGUGGAUGUGCAGGGCAGCAAGGCCUACAGCCGGGGCCUGGAAAAGGCGGGGCUCCUCACCAAGGCUGAGAUGGACCAGAUACUCCAUGGACUUGACAAGGUGGCUGAGGAGUGGGCUCAGGGCACCUUCAAACUCAGCCCCAAUGAUGAAGAUAUUCACACGGCCAAUGAGCGGCGUCUGAAGGAGCUCAUCGGUGAGACUGCAGGGAAGCUGCACACAGGACGAAGUCGGAAUGACCAGGUGGUCACAGACCUCAGGCUGUGGAUGCGACAGAACUGCUCUAAACUUUCCGCCCUCCUCUGGGAGCUCAUCAGAACUAUGGUGGAUCGGGCAGAGGCGGAACGUGACGUCCUCUUCCCGGGGUAUACACACCUGCAGAGGGCUCAGCCCAUUCGCUGGAGCCAUUGGAUCCUGAGCCAUGCCGUGGCACUGACCAGAGACUCUGAGAGGCUGUUGGAGGUACAGAAGCGAGUCAACGUCCUGCCCCUGGGGAGUGGGGCCAUUGCAGGCAACCCUCUGGGUGUGGACCGUGAGCUGCUCCAAGCAGAACUGAACUUUGGGGCCAUCACUCUCAACAGCAUGGAUGCCACCAGUGAGCGAGACUUUGUGGCUGAGUUCCUGUUCUGGGCUUCACUGUGCAUGACCCACCUCAGCAGGAUGGCUGAGGAUCUCAUCCUCUAUGGCACCAAGGAAUUCAGCUUUGUGCAGCUCUCAGAUGCCUAUAGCACCGGAAGCAGCCUGAUGCCCCAGAAGAAAAACCCAGACAGCUUGGAGCUGAUCCGGAGCAAGGCGGGGCGCGUGUUUGGGCGGUGUGCUGGGCUCCUGAUGACACUCAAGGGACUUCCAAGCACCUACAACAAGGACCUACAGGAGGACAAGGAAGCCGUAUUUGAAGUGUCAGACACCAUGAGUGCCGUCCUCCAAGUGGCCACUGGCGUCAUUUCUACACUGCAGAUUCACCGUGAGAACAUGGCACGGGCUCUUAGUCCUGACAUGCUGGCCACUGACCUCGCCUACUAUCUGGUCCGCAAAGGGAUGCCAUUCCGCCAGGCCCACGAGGCCUCUGGGAAAGCUGUGUUCAUGGCAGAGACCAAGGGGGUGGCCCUCAACCAGCUGUCGCUGAAGGAGCUGCAGACCAUCAGGCGAUGUGAGCCACGUGUGGGACUACGGCCACAGUGUGGAACAGUAUGCUGCCCUGGGUGGCACGGCACGUGCCAGUGUCGACUGGCAGAUCGGCCAGGUGCGAGCACUGCUGCGGGCCCAGCAGGCCUAGAGCCCUCCCCACCCUGCUCCCAAAUAAAGUGGGCCCAAGAGGAGACUGCUGCUCGUGUCCUGCCUAGCCUGUCUCCCUCAGCAGCGGGCUUCCAGGGGUCUGCUGAGCGAGUAGCAGGGGCCAUCAAGAUAGUGGAGAAAAUAGGCAGGGAUGACAGAGUCACGGGUGGGGAAGGAGGAGAGGGGAUUGUCCUCAUUAGAGCCCCUACCCUGCUUGGGCCCCACACCCUUCACCGCAGGGCAACACAGUGACCUCCCGUCUAGGGUGUCUUGGGAGGUUUGGCCUCCUUGGAACCUUGGUGGCACCUGAUGGGCUUGGUUAACUCAGUCCUUGUUCAUUAUCCUUCCUUCCAGUGUCCCCCAGGCUCCCCUGCUCACAUUCUCCCCGUGCUCACCGACCCUUUCCUGAACAAUCAGGCAUGAUUACAGGGUGUCCUGUGUUCUCGUGGGGGGAAUGAUGUAUUUGGUGGUAAAAUCAGUCAUCCAGGUAGCGUGUGAUGCCACGCACUAGGUGAGCUUCAUACACAGGUGAAGAUGUCUCCUUCACCCUAGAGAGUAAUGUACAGAUAAACUCCCAGCACUGACCAUGAGGUGAGGGCCACAGAUAGGAGGAGCCUGCCCUGUGUUGCAGUCAAAGAUUUACAUUUGGUCUGCAAAGGGCCUGAGGCCAGGCCUGGCACACAGUAGAUGUUCAAUAGCAGUGAGUCCCCAGAGCCGGCAGAGAUCUGACCAAAAUCCUGGUAAGAAAUAUCUAAAAUUUAUGUUUUAUUAAGAACAAAGCUAAACUGAAGGAAGAAUGAAUAAGCCCUCCCACGUGUUUCCACGAGCAAUGGAAACACGGUAAACUAAAGAACCAAAACUCCAGCAGUGGGGACACAACACCAAAUUCCAAAAAAGGCCAAAGCCAUGGGUCACAGAAUGUUCUAGAAUAGUGGCUCUGGAAGUGUGGUUUCUCCUCCCCACCUCCGCAUCAUCUGGGGAUUUGUUUAAAAAUGCAGACUUUCAGGGGUGCC